AUGGUCUAUCCCAUGGAAAUCUAUACCGACGGUGGCUGCAGGGGCAACAGGCGACCGGGAGCAAUAGGAGCCGCUGCCGCCGUUUUUAAGACAAAGUAUGGAAAAUAUCGUGGCCGGAUAAGAGUAUUGCCAUCAUACCCUCCACCUACAAAUCAGCGUGCCGAAAUCACUGCCAUCAUUGUGGCACUGGAGGAAGCGCUGGCCAAGUUUCGAAAGCUAGACACCAAUCCACACCUAGAUGUCCGGGUCUAUUCUGACUCUAGAUAUGCGUUUGAAAGAGGAGGGAAGCGUCGAGUCUGGAUUCCGAGAGAGGAGAACGAGAUUGCCGAUCGAUUUUGCAACGAGGCCAUGGACGAACAAUAA